ACUUCUUUUUUUCGUGCUUUGUUUGGGUUUCUUUCUACCAGUUCCUUAACUUCAGACUUCUCAUAUAGCAUUCAGCACUGCUGUUGCUCGGAUACUCCGCUGCCAUGGCGUGGCACGAGUUGGCGUGUUCUCUAUUGACUUGUGCCGUUCUGUUGAUGUCUCCAGUACAGUCGAUUCGUGUACCUAAUCGUACAUGUAAACCACCGACAAAUAAUACUGUCAAUAUCUAUAACUAUACGCUUCCUGAUAUUCUGCAAACUAGAAAUAUCAGUUUGUCGGAGUUCAGGGGCAAGCAUGUGUUAAUUGUCAAUGUAGCAACCUACUGAGGGUUCACAUGGCACUAUCACCAAUUGAAUGCACUAAAACCUCGCUUUAACAACCACUCAAACUUUGAUGUUCUGGGAUUUCCUUGUAAUCAAUUUGCGCAGCAAGAGCCUGGUGGUAACGGGGAGGAAAUUAUGAAUGGUAUCACUUAUGUGAGACCUGGCAAAGGAUUCAAACCAAACUUUCCAAUAUUCCAAAAAAUCGACGUAAAUGGCGAGAAUGAACACCCACUUUUCACAUUCCUUAAGUCCCUCUGUCCACCAACAAGAGAUGAUUUCUCUGAUCAGAAGAAGUUGUUCUACACACCUAUAAAAGUACGUGACAUUAGAUGGAAUUUUGAGAAGUUUUUGGUUAACGAACACGGUUUUCCAGUGAAACGAUAUGAUCCAUCAACGCCACCAGAUGACAUAGCCACAGACAUCGAAGCUUUGCUAGCAAGUCGUCGUCAAUAGCAACUUUAGCUUCAGACGGCUUUAAACUAAAAAAGCCAGUCCAUUGUUUUAAUUUUUUUUUUUAAAAAAAACUUUUAUUCAGUAUUAAUCUCUUAUACAGUACCUUCUACAAAAUGUUUCACGACAAGGAAUUUUAUUUCAGCAUAUUAGCUUUGAGAAAAAAAGCUUUUUUAGACUGAAUUUGUGUAGUACUCAUUUGCCGAAGCUGAAUCAGCCAUAACUAUGAAGGCAAACCUUAAACCUUAGGUGGUUUGUUCGGAUGUGUGUUCAAAAUCUUUCAUGGUCUUAAAGUGCAUUCAGCCAUGUAAAGACUGCGGGCAUUUUGGUUCAAUUCAGUUAGAGAAAUGAGUAGCACGAUCAAGUUUUAAAAUUGUAUGUUAACCUUGAAAUAAAAAUAUUUUUCACCGAAAA